AUGGUACUUCUCCAUGAGACCUUGCUGUCAGUAAUGAUGAUUACACGAGUUAGUAGUGAAAAACUAAAUAGUUUAUAUGUGAGAUCCGGUAGCUCUCAUUUGAAUGGGAUUCUCAGCAUUUCGGUAAAAAAAAUAAUAUUGUCAACUUUAAAAGCCCAAAUUGAAGACACUGAGAUUCCUCAAAAAUUAAUUAGACAUGUUGAAGUUGUCUUGACCUUCUGCAAAAAAUAGAUAUUGUUUUGACACCGACCUAUAUUUGUUGGUUGUUAUAUGUACAAAUAAAAAUCUGUAUAAAAGUUAUUUAUGUAUAUUGUAUGGUGGUCGUUGAGAGGAUAUGCAUAAUAUGCGCAUGAGAUAUUUGCGUAUUAUAGUUUGACGAAACCAUGAUUAAGGUAUACGCAUUCAACUCCAAUAAUAGCAAGGUUCUGUUCUCGAUCAACCAAGUCAUAAAACAAUGAUCCGUAUACAAUGUGCAAUACUUUGGCUUCCAAAUUAAUAAUACAUAAUUAGAUAAUUUCAGAAGAAUACUAGGAUGAAUUAUAAUAAUAAUAAUAAUAAUCCUUAUACCUUGCUUAUUUGGUGAUGUAUUGUUGGUCAUACCUCUGGUUUGUAUAGUAAUGGAUACUGAGAAAAGAUUAGUCGACACAUUCCAUAUCAUUCUAUUUAUUGAAUACGUUUUUGUUAUGCGCUAUAUUUAGGUUAAGUAAAAGCAGAGGUGAAAAACAGAGAUUGUAGACAAAAUGCUUUUAGUGCGAAAUCUAUUUUUUAUACGUUUUCAACGAAUUUCUAACAACUACAAAGUACCAGACACAAAAUAUAUGGAAUUUGGCCACCGGUCAAUUUGAAUAAAAAUUCGUACAGUAAUAAUUCAUUUGGUGCUGAUCAAAUGCUCCAAUGGGCGCAAAGCAUCUAUUGGAGAUUCAGGGUGUUAAAGUUUAGCCCCUGUAGGUAAGCCUGCCUGCACUAUUUUACGAAAACUAACCGCCCCCUUAGUCGGGUUGGGCUGCUAGUGCGCACACCGAGUCAAUUAAACAGUUUGGUCGGUGAAGAGUGCCCAGACCAGCCAACAGUCGGCAGACGCCGACUACCAUAUUCCGAACGAUAAUAGUUUGUAUCUGAGUAUUAAAAUAGGACCAUAUAAAGUCACUAAGUUCCGUUAGUACAUUGGAAGCGAUUUAGUUUUCGUAAAAUAGUGCAGGCAGGCGAACCUACAGGGGCUAAGGCACCAAACUUUAACACCUUAUAUCUCCAAUAAAAAGCAUUGGAACUUUUGAUUAGCACAACAUGAACUGUCACUAUAUGAAUUUUCUGAAAAAUUGGCCAGUGGUUAAAUUUAAUACAUUUUGUGCCUGGUGGUGCUGUCUUAAUUUAUACCUGUUUUUGUUUAUAGCCUUGCUUAGAAAUUUAUUAUAUACAUAUCAGUGGCGGUUACUUUAGAGUAAUUGAAAAACUAAUCUUGCUAAUCGAAGUAUGGUUCAAUAGGUAAUGCUGAAAGGUUUUUGCUUUGUUUUAUAGGAAUUGAAGACACAAGCGGAUAAAGGUGUCAUGUAACAUUUUUUUUAAUUGUUUUUUUGCAUUAAACUAAUCUUAAGAAGUGAUUCUUUCAUUCUGUGAUUACUUUGUUGCAAAAACAAGAUCUUAAAAGAUCGUAUUCUGCUGGUAUUCUUAUUAAAAAUGACUUAGAGAAACGUUGAUAGUAGAGACCUACCUUAUUGCCCCAACAAUAUUAUGAGCAUAAUUUCCAGACUCAACGUUUGGACUUCAUAUGAUAAACUAGAAAAAAUCUUUAAAACGCAGUAUUUUCUGUUUUCUUACAUAUUUAUAAACAAUACGUUUGACAGAUGGGUCUGACAUUGACCUGACCAGUUAGGUGUCGCGCGUGUUGUCAAAUCGUAUGUUGCUUGCGGUGGCUGGCGACGUCGUUGUGGCGUGUCAAUAAGGGAGGACUGUAAAGGAUGCUAUAAAAGUAGGAGGAACGUUUUCUACGAUCUUCCUUUGCAUUAUCUGGCACUUGAUUUUUUGUUAGCCAUUAGGUUAUGAGUAAACUGAUUCAAAUUUAGGAAACAUAUUUAUGGUGUAUGGUGUUAUUUCACAUAACGGCUGAAAAAUGCUUGUAUAUAUCUUCCUGAGAAUUAUACUCUAUUACAAUAUCCUUAUGUCCUAUGUACUUAUAGUUUUCAUGACUACAGUGUGGCUUUUCGAGGGCCUAUUAUGAAUGAAAUAUUAAAGAAAAUGUGCAAAAUAUAGAAGAAAAAUGUAGCAGGGUAUUCGAAAUCAAUCAUAAAAUUUCGUUUGUAGGUUCUCUUUCUAUUUAGAUUUUGUAAUUGUAAAUUACAGUUGUUUCCAUAUUUUUAUAUAAUAACCUACCACUAUUUAUUAAAAAUAAAUAUAGGAAG